GUCGACAUCAGUGGGUUCAAGAAGCGCUUCAGAUCAUCCUGGAAGUCAAUGAGAAGAAGCUGAAAAAGGAGUGAUGUGAUCGACUCUUGAUUUGGGUUUGAGCUGGCAGUUCUGUAUCGUCUGCAUUAAAUAGAUUUUUAGGUUUAGACAAGUAAAAGAAAUGUAAAUAGGAUUUGUCAUUGCAUAGUUUUCAUGGUUUAGUACACAUUGAAAUAGCUUUAUACAUACCGUUAUGGUUUUAUGUAUAACUGUAUGUGGGCCUGCGAAAAGCAAAGGGAGGAGCGUUGAUCUGAGAGGAAGAGGAAGUUUUAAAGAGUGUUAUAAAGAGUGUGGUUGAACUGACCUGAUAGCUCCUGUACACUUGUUCUCCCUCAAUGGUUAAAAUGUGUUUGUUCGCUUGUCUGCUUUGUGUCCUGAUGAUUGUGGAGACGGAGACUCUCACCGUAGUAGGACACGUUGGGAAAAAUAUAACAGCUAUUUGUAGAAACCAAAAUUUUGGGGGAGAUGUAAAAUCUAAUGAUAAAUACAUUUGUAAAAGUCCAUGUAAGAAAGACAAACACAUCAUCAUCAAAGCAAAAUAUAAAGAAGCUAAAAAAAAGGACAGAAUACAGUUAUUUAAUGGACCAGAAGGUUUAUAUGUGACCUUCAUUAAUCUCAAAAAGUCAGACGCCGGAAAAUAUUACUGUGGAGUUGAUCAGACUGGUCCUGAUUCAUAUAUAGAGCUGAAUCUUAAAGUUAUAGAUGGUCCUACAACAGCUGUCGACACAGUCACUGUAGUGUCUGCUGUGUCACUUGAUGUUAUAAGAAGCUCCACCAUCCCUACAACCGAACUGGAUAUCUUUACUGAUUUGUCUGAUUCAUACACAACACUUUGUACGACACCUACUGCAUCAGCUUCACAAGGAAGUGGAAGUGGUGUGUACGCAACUAUUGGUGUCAUUGCCAUACUAACCACACUGAUCAUCCUGUGGAGACUUAUGAGGAGACAACUGAAAGCUGUGUCAAGUGCUGCUUCUCCACAGGACGAUGCACAAGAGGUAAGUUUGUUUGCCUUUCUUUUAUCCUUAUAUAUUUUAUGCUUCUCCUUUGAUUAUUCCAGCAGCACCAUGUCUUGA